CGAUAUGAGCGGUAGGAGGGGGGGGGGGAUGCAAUUGAGAAAGUGAAAGUGAAACCCUAGCAAAACCCUAGAAGAGAAGAGAAGAGAAGAGAAGCAUGAGCCAUGAGCCGACUCCGCCACCGCCGGCGAGGGCCCAAUUGCUCCAAAACCUAGCCACAGCCACAGCCAACCUCUCUGGCUCCUCGCGAGUCAUACCUUCGGGAGAGGACUUCUACUACUACCGCAAUUUCGACGAAUUCAAACUCCCAAUCGAAGAAAUGGCAAAGCAAUCUCAGUCCAUGCUCGAAUCGAUUGGGUCGUCGGCAAGCCUCGGGAUGGCUUUCCCCAAGGAUUUGGAUUUGGAGGACGCCUACGAUUGGCUGGUCAAUUUGAACGACGAGGUCCUCGAGAGGGUGGACGCGUCGGUGGACGAGUUUAAGAGGAGCAGGAGCAGGAAGGAGAAGGAAGACGACGAGGGGUUCCAGUUGGUGUGUGGGAAGAAGAAGAAGAAGGGGGAUCAGACCUUGUCCAAGGACAACAAGACUAUCAAGCCCAAGGUCUCCUUUCAUGUUCCCUCCAUUCGCAAGCCUCAGGAGGAGUUUAACAUUCUCGUUAACAAUUCAAACCAGCCCUUUGAGCAUGUUUGGCUCGACGCUAGUGACGAUGGUCACCGCUUUCUUCAUCCCCUGGAAAAGCUCUCAGUUCUUGAUUUUAUUGACGAUGAUAUUGGGGGGAUUGAGCCUGUAAAACCGCCAGAAAUAGAGGCUACCCCAUUCAAGCUUGUGGAGGAGGUCAAAGAUCUCAAGGAGCUGGCAGCUAAGUUGCGUGGCGUUAAUGAAUUUGCGGUUGAUUUGGAGCACAACCAAUAUCGAUCCUUCCAUGGAUUGACUUGUUUGAUGCAAAUUUCUACAAGAACUGAAGAUUUUAUAGUAGAUACUUUGAAGCUUAGAAUUCAUAUCGGUCCAUAUCUUAGGGAAGUUUUCAAGGACCCUUCUAAGAGAAAGGUGAUGCAUGGAGCAGAUCGAGAUAUUGUGUGGCUCCAACGUGAUUUUGGCAUUUAUAUCUGCAAUUUGUUUGACACCGGCCAGGCCUCAAGGGUAUUGAAAUUGGAGAGAAAUAGUUUGGAAUAUCUUUUGCAUCACUUUUGUGAUGUUUCUGCCAACAAAGAAUACCAGAAUGCAGACUGGAGAUUCCGCCCUCUUACCAAAGAGAUGGUCAGAUAUGCCAGAGAAGAUACACACUACCUGUUACACAUAUAUGAUUUAAUGAGAGCGAAGUUAUCUUCCAUGCCAAAGGAAUCUGAAAACUCCGAUGCUCCUUUAGUAGAGGUUUACAGGCGCAGUUAUGAUAUAUGCAUGCAUCUCUAUGAGAAGGAAGUUUUCACUGAGAAUUCCUAUCUCCACAUAUAUGGGUUGCAGGGUGCUUGUUUUAAUUCUCAGCAGCUUGCCGUUGUUUCCGGUUUAUAUGAGUGGCGGGAUGUUGUUGCUCGUACAGAGGAUGAAAGUACUGGCUAUAUAUUACCAAACAAAACUCUACUUGAACUUGCUAAACAGAUGCCUGACACAACUAACAAGUUAAGACGAUUGGUGAAAUCAAAGCAUUCAUACAUUGAGCAACAUCUUUCUUCUGUUGUUAGCGUCAUUAGGCACUCUAUGCAGAAUGCUGCCUUUUUCGAAGCUGCAGCCGAACAUCUGAAGGUGGGACGUGUGGAAAUGGCAUCUGAAGAAAAUGUGUUGGUCAGUGAUCGAUCUGAACCAUUACCAGAUGAAUCUGGAUGCAAUUCAAUUAAUGGUGAUGUAUCUGCACCUUCACCAGCUGCUCCGCCUCAUAAAGAGGAGUUUACAGAGCACGGAUGUGGUGCCUCCAAUGGAGAAGGAAAGGUUGGAUUUGAAGUUCAUCCUAGAGACAACAUUGUAACAGGGAAAAGCAGGGAAGGAAGUAGCAUUGGCUGUUCCUUAGAAUCUGCAAAGGUUACUGGAGCAACUGUUCAGGUGCAAAAGAAGCCUAGUCGUGCUUUCAGUGCACUCUUGGGGACUGCAGUUCCAAAAAGAAAAUUUGAUGCUGGUGUAAAGGGCGAGGAAGAUAAUAAGUUGGAGCAGAUUAGAUCUUCAGUCAAUUUCCCAUUCCACUCAUUCUCAGGUGGGAUGGAGCAAUCAAAUCCCAAGAUUGAAGAACCAGGAAAAGGUUCUGAAAAUCCCCAUUCUGAAAUGCCCGUUACUGUAUCACCUACCAGGCGGAGUUUAGGAGAUAUUAUAACAUUAGAAAAUGAUUCACAUGUACCUGAGCACAAGGAGGAUAACUCGGUGGCUUCUGCUUUAGGCAUGGAUGGAGAAGAUGAUCCUAUGUCUCUCUCAGAGUUGUCCUCAAGCUUCAAGAAAUGCUUUCCGCCACCUAAUCAAAAUAGGAAAGCCAGAGAACUGGAGAAAUCCCAGGAAUCUGGUGGCUUGCAGGUGAAACCUUUUGACUAUGAAGCGGCAAGGAGACAGGUCAUAUUUGGAGAAAAGACAGCCAAGGACGCCAGAGCUGGGGGAGAAGGCAUGAAGGGCCUGGGUUCAAGGGCUAAGAAAAAAACUCUAGUUGAUGGGGAUGAUGGGUCAAAAGAGCUACCACAAGGGAGACGACGUCAAGCUUUUCCAGCAACAGGAAAUAGAAGUGCAACUUUCCGUUAAACUGUUGUCAAAGUAGUUCUUUUUAACAGAAAUGACAAAUGUUUAGCUUGCAAAAGAAAUCUAAUAGAAUGAGAAAAUUUAAAGAAAUUUAGAUA